AUGAGCUACGUCGUGAAAUGGGGGAGGGAGAGGCUGCAUUUCCCACUUCCCCCUCCCGACACCAAGCUCUCUGCGAUUCGGCAUCAGCUCGCGGAGUAUACCCAGCUCCCCGCGCAGUCCUUUAAGCUCAUCCACGCCGGCGCCGUCAUGAAGGACGACAACGCACCAUUAUCGGCGUACGGCUUAAAACCCAACUCUACGAUCGCCCUCGUCGGGGGCGGCGAAUCGCCGCCUUCGAGUACCAAACGCUCGCGCAAGCAUGCAGAAAAGUCCACAUCCGCCGAGCGCACCGAGGCCAGCACGGUCGCACAGAUCCAAGGCGAGCUCGACGCUGUCCGCAACAACCUGCUCCCAGACGUCGACGAGUUCCUCACCGCGCUCGAACCGGGGGCGAUUUCUACAAGCACCGCCCCAGCACCAGCGCCCGCGCAGACAACCGGGCUGCGUCAGAACCAGCUCGGCGGGCGCCAGCAGGACCUUGCGCUAGAACAUGUGCGGCUGGGCGAGCUGCUGCUACAGGCGCUUCUUCGGCUAGAUGCGAUCACCACUGAGGGCGAGUGGGAAGAUGCACGCAGAGAGCGCAAGGGCGCUGUGAAAGAGGUGCAGGCACUCUUGGAUCGACUAGACGGGGGCUGGCGGACGCGGAAGGCACAGCGGGCCUAA